AUGCCAGACAAGCUAGAUGUGGAGGGUCUCCUCAAGGAGUCCAAGGCGGAGUACAGGCGUCUCGGGAAAAGUGGACUCAAGGUGUCGGUGCCUAUUCUAGGUGCUAUGAGCAUUGGAAGCUCGAAAUGGCAACCUUGGGUGAUUGAAGAAGCAGAGGCGCUUCCAUUACUGAAGGCUGCUUACGAUCGAGGUCUCACCACUUGGGAUACUGCCAAUGUCUACUCCAACGGAGUUUCCGAGGAAAUCAUCGGCAAGGCCAUCAAGAAGUACGAACUUCCUCGUGAGAAACUUGUCAUUCUCACAAAGUGCUUUGGGGUUGUAGGCGAAGACCCUGGCCUUCGCACCAUUCAAUACCCCAAGGAGAUGCCACAGCUGAAAGACUACGUCAACCAAAGUGGACUUUCGCGUCAAGCAAUUUUCAACGCCGUCAAUGCUUCACUCAGGCGGCUUGAUGUGGACUACAUCGACCUUUUGCAAAUCCAUCGUUUUGAUCCCAACACGCCCCUCGAGGAGACUAUGGAAGCACUUCACGACUUGGUAAAGAGUGGGAAAGUGCGGUAUAUUGGUGCCAGCUCGAUGUGGGCGGUACAGUUUACUCAGCUGCAGUUUGUGGCUGAAAAGAACGGAUGGACAAAGUUCAUCAGCAUGCAAAACCACUACAACCUGCUCUACCGCGAAGAAGAGCGUGAGAUGAACCGCUUCUGCAACGACACGGGAGUUGGUCUUAUUCCGUGGGCACCUCUAUGCCGUGGCCAUCUUGCUCGACCUCCAUCAGCCUUUGGGUCGACGACGCGGUCAGAAGGCGAGCAAAAAGCCGGUAAUCAGACUUCGGGCAACACGGAUCUCGACAAGAAGAUCAUCGGACGUGUCGAGGAGCUUGCCAAAAAGCACGACUGGAAGAUGAGCCAUGUUGCGCUGGCGUGGAUCAACAAGCGCGUGGCAAGCCCCAUCAUUGGCUUCUCUAGUGUAGAGAGGAUGGACGAAGCGCUGGCCGCGCGAGGCAAGGAAUUGAGCGAGGAAGAGGAGACGUAUCUCGAGGAGCUGUAUGAGCCUGUGCGUAUCGUCGGACACUCGUAG